GAUAAUUUUAGGACAAAAAAUAUGUCGUGGAAAAUUCUUACACAUACUAAUAAUUCUAUGAACUAAUGCGUGAAAGCAAAGAAAAAUGUUACAGUAUGUCAAUCACUAUAUUACAUCUCCUACAUCCGGUGUCUUCGAGGCCUUUCGCCUUAUAACAGGAUUCAUACGACAGUGCUGUUUAUGUAAAUUGUAAUCGAUUUUCAUUCGCAACGACAUGUUAUGAACCAGAUUGUGCAACUGAAUUGUAAUUAUCAAUUUUACGUCAUUUGCAAAUCAGGAUACGGAUUGGGAGACCUUGCCAAGAAAAAGAUCUAUCCAACAUUGUGGUCACUCUAUCGAGAUGGUCUGAUUCCAAAGAAAACAAUUUUUGUAGGUUAUGCACGUUCCAAGCUAACUGUUCAUGACAUCAGGAAUAAAUCUGAGCCUUAUUUAAAGGUAAGAGAUGAAGAAAAAGAAAAGGUCAAUGCUUUCUUUAAAAUGAACCACUAUGUUAGUGGUUCAUAUGAUAUGCCAGAAGAUUUUCUUCAGUUGAAUCAGGAAAUCUGUAAAUAUGAAAUGGGUAGUCACUGUAACAGACUGUUCUACCUUGCUUUACCACCAAAUGUCUUUGAGUCAUCAACCACUAACAUAAGAAAUCACUGUAUGGCCAGCAAGGGCUGGACAAGGAUUAUUAUUGAAAAACCAUUUGGACGAGAUUCUGAAAGUUCUACUCAACUUUCCAAUCACCUUAAUGCAUUAUUUAAAGAAGAAGAACUUUAUCGAAUAGAUCACUACCUGGGCAAAGAAAUGGUACAGAACCUUAUGGCUUUGAGAUUUGGAAAUAGAAUCUUUGGUCCAACUUGGAACAGAGAACAUAUUUCUUGUGUGAUGGUGUCCUUCAAAGAGCCAUUUGGAACUCAGGGACGUGGUGGAUACUUUGACAGCUUUGGCAUUGUUAGGGACGUAAUGCAAAAUCACAUGCUGCAGAUGCUGAGCUUAGUUGCAAUGGAGAAGCCUGUGUCUACAGGAGCAGAGGAUAUUCGAGAUGAGAAGGUUAAGGUCUUGAGGUGCAUGCCAGAAGUCAAACUUGAAGAUGUGGUUUUAGGUCAGUAUAUUGGGAAUCCCAGUGGAGAAGGAGAAGCAAAAGAAGGCUACCUGGAUGACCCUUCUGUCCCUAAAGGCUCCACAACAGCAACAUAUGCCAUGGUCACCUGUUAUGUCAACAACGAAAGAUGGGAGGGAGUGCCCUUCUUUCUUCGAUGUGGAAAGGCCUUGAACGAGAGGAAAGCUGAAGUUCGUAUACAGUAUCGUGAUGUCCCAGGUGAUAUAUUUCAUGGAGAGAGCAAGAGAAAUGAGUUGGUAAUUAGAGUACAACCAGGUGAAGCUGUGUAUGUUAAAAUGAUGAAUAAAACUCCAGGAAUGUCCUUUAAUAUUGAGGAAACUGAAUUGGAUUUGACCUAUGGCAGCCGAUACAAGGGACUUGUUAUGCCUGAUGCUUAUGAAAGACUUAUUCUUGAUGUAUUUUGUGGAAGCCAAAUCCAUUUUGUUCGAAGUGAUGAGCUGGCACAGGCUUGGCGAAUCUUUACUCCAAUACUUCAUAAGAUUGAAACAGAAAAUGUGAAACCAGUGACCUAUACCUAUGGAACUCGUGGACCAAAGGAAGCUGAUGAAUUAUGUCAGAAUAAAGGGUUCAAGUUCUAUGGGACUUACAAGUGGGUGAAGCCAGCAAGUUUGUGAACUGUAAUUUUGUGUUAUUUUUUGUUUACUUUUUUCUAUAUUUGAUUUUAAAAAAAAGUUAAGAUUAAUAAUGUAUGAUUGAACUGCCUUUUUUGUAAUAUUUAUGAAACAUUUAUGUCUUAGAUUGGAAAAUUAAGUUUACUUGCCUGCUGUGUAAACAAAUAACAAUAAAGUUAUAAUGUUAUUUCAA